GUCAGGGAGCUGCGUGGGGCAGGGUUUCAGUUGCGUCAAGUACCAGUCACUCUGACUCUCAGGAGGACGCCUGACGUGCGGGGCCGCCAGCAUGGCUAUGCAGGGAGCAGCUCGGCGGGUGCUUGGGCUCGUUCAGGGAUUGGCGCCGGCUCUGGAACAGAAGCUCGGGGGAGCCCUUGCGGUGCAGAACCUCAUGAACAGUGAUCUUCACACCACUACUUCCAGAAGUGCGUCACAACCUGCUGACGUCCCUGCAACCGCUGAGCUCCACAAGCCCGCGGCCCUCGCCACUGCCCUGGGAGAGACGGGCAAGGCGCAGCUCCCGCAGGCCCUGCACCAGCUCACGACCACCAACUACAGCAGAGGGGGGAUUGACUCCAGUCGGCGCACAGGGGAAGGGAUUCGGAGCCUGCACAACAUGAGGGACAACAGGGGUAUGGGGACCACCACCCUGCACGAGCCGGAGCUGCUUCAGAACCUGCCGGCCUGGUUGGUGCGUACCCUGGAAGAGUGCGCCCCUGCCAUCGUCAUCUCGGUGGCCGCGUGGUACAACAACAAGCUGCGGGAGUGGGCAGACGCCAAGGCGGAUCUCCGCAAGGAGAUUGCAGACACCAAGGAAGACGUGAUCAAGACGCAGAAGGAGCUGGUGGCGCGCGAGAAGGUCAUUGCGGAUGGUCGAGUGGAGGUGGAGAGGAUGUCCAGGCGCCUCGGGCUGCAGACCACACUCUACUUGCAGAAGCAGGGCCUUUUCGACAUGCGCGGAUUGCUGGAGUACGUUGGUGAUGACCUCUACGAGACGCUGCCGCCCGCCACCAACCCGUCCACUGCGCGCGUCACUCGGACGCGCAAGUUCGAGUCAGUCCUCAACGACGCGGCGUACGCCCCGCUCCUGACGGCGCUUUCGCAGCACAUCGAAGGCAGCAAGCGCUCAGCGGACGUGGCGAGACGGCUGACCCAAGUGUACCAGCAGCUGUCGAAGCACGUCCACAACCGCUACACCCCUGCCGAGUGGCGGGCGUCAGGGGACCAGCUGCGGAUUGUGGAGGGGGCUCUGGCACGGGCGGACUGCCGGCUCCUCGAGGAGAUUUGCACCUUCUUCGGCAUUGACUUCACCAAUACGAAGCUUGAGGUGGAGGAAGGUCCGCCGCUCGAGGCUGAGAAAGGUC